CGGCCGCGGCGCCGGCUGUGCGGACGCCGCGCGACGCUAGUGUGGCACCGACCACCAGCCAGCCGCCAUCCAGCCGACUCAGAAUGAGCACCCAGGCCGCCACCGCCAGUCCCUCCAGCAGGGUGAAGCUGGACAAGGCCAACAACUUCAUGCGCCAGUUCCGUGACGCCGAGAGCCGGCAACUGAAGAAGCUGACCGCCAACCAGUUCAUGGAGGUGUGGAGCCACUAUGACGCUGACGGAAACGGUUUCAUCGAGGGCACCGAACUGGAUGGCUUUCUGCGAGAGUUUGUAUCCAGCGUCAAUGCCACCGACUGCGGACCGGAGGUGGUCUCAGACACCAUGCUGGCUGAACUGAAGGAAUGUUUCAUGGAGGCGUACGACGACAAUCAGGACGGACGCAUUGAGAUCAGAGAGCUGGCUCAGCUGCUGCCCAUGGAGGAGAACUUUCUUCUGCUCUUCCGUUUCGAUAACCCCCUGGAGUCCAGCGUUGAGUUCAUGAAGAUAUGGCGUCAGUAUGACAAGGAUAACUCGGGCUACAUCGAAGCGGAUGAACUGAAGGCUUUUCUCCGUGAUCUUCUCAAAGAAGCAAAGAAGUCUACUGAGGUAUCUGAAGACAAGCUCAUCGAAUAUACCGACACCAUGCUUCAAGUGUUCGACGCCAACAAAGACGGAAAACUACAGCUCUCCGAAAUGGCAAAGUUGUUGCCAGUAAAGGAGAACUUCCUUUGCCGAUCGGUAUUCAAGGGAGCCUCCAAACUCACCCGAGAUGACAUCGAACGAGUAUUUGCGCUCUACGACAGGGACAACAGCGGCACCAUCGAAGAUGACGAGUUGACAGGCUUCCUGAAAGACCUGCUGGAGCUGGUUAAAAAGGACUACGACGCCAAGGAUCUGGAUGAGUUCCAGGAGACCAUCCUACGAGGCUGCGACUUCAAUCGUGACGGCAAAAUAAACAAGAAGGAGCUUACCAUGAUCCUGAUGGCGCUCUCCAAACACAACGACGAUGACACUCAGCAACAGAGCGCCAUCAGCGAGAUCACCAGUUUCGGCAUGCGAGCGAUUCGUAUGCAGAAGCUGCGCGUGCGUCACUUGGUGAACCGCACGCUCGGCGCCUCCUCACCUGUGCCCAAGGGCGCGGCCAGCAGCUAGUCUCCCGGACUCGUGAUGGCGAGCACUGAGCGGGCGCACAGUUGGCGACUCGAGGUGACUGGUUGGACGAGCUCGGUCCGACGAGCGCCGGCCAUGGGACUGCGUUUUACGUACAUGGACGUUUUGGGGUGAAAUUCCGGUGUGUUGCUGCAAAUAUUGUGUAACAGAAUUGUUUACAAUAGGUGUAGUUCGUUAUAGAUAUGUAAACUUCUUGAUAUCGAUGUCUUUGUCUGUCAUACAUCGACAUAUCUGUCGUGUCAUCUUACUCGAAAUACUGAUAUUCUAAGACUAUGCGAUGAAGCAUAAGGCAAAGUCUAACUAGAUGCAUUUCGGGUGUAAGACUUCGGGCACGGAAUAUAUAGUCUAACGAUGUAAUGUCGCUAGACUAAUAUGUCGUUAGUCCAACGACGCAAUGCAUAGUCUAAAGAAUAUAUAUCGCUAGACGAUACAUUCCGUGCUUCGGGCUUUUAUUCCCUGAUGCUGAUAGGGGAAAGUGGGGUAAGACGGUCAGGGUAGGUAAGACGGGCACCCCUUCUGCAGACCAAACCAAUAGCGCUACGAGCGAGAAAAAUUAGGACCAGAAUUGUCUUUCCCACUACACACCACCAUUGAAGUUUGGUGAUUUUGUGUUCAGUCGAUAAUCUUUUAUUUUGAUUUCUUUAAAACACUAAUUUCAUUGAAAACAUCCAUAAUGUAUUGUGCAAGUUUUUGUGUGCAGCACUAUACAGCUAAAAACUCGCAAUCACUUGUGGUACACUCAUAUGCCACCAGUGUUCAUUUACCGCGGAUUUGCUUUGUCUGCAUCAAAUUGUCCACAGAGAAAAAUUGUGCUGAACUUCUUACAUUGAGUUAGGGGUAAGACGGACAACUAUGAAUCCAAUGGGUCUGUAAUGGUGAAAAUAUUUUUGUUGCUGUAGGAAAAAAAGAAGCAUUUCUUAUAAGAAUAUCUUCGAUUCCGAUACUCACAGACAUGUUAGCAAUAUUCCUUCGGCACAGUUUAUUCUCGAAUGAUGAAUGUGAAAAACGGUUCUACAUGACUUCUGAUCUAGGGCCUAUAUACGAGCAUACGCCUUCUGCACAAAUCUUGUAUACUGCCAUUUCCGAGGCACUUGAGACCAACGAGCGACUGUAUCAAUGCAGCUAAUUUCGGGCAUUUGUUGCGAGCUGUACUGGUCGGUGAAAGAAGCUGGCCGUCUUGCCCUACCCAUGUGACCGUCUUACCCCAUGGGGUGGGGUAAGACGGGUUUUUGCAAGGUUUUGCAAAAAUAGCUGCAGUUUAUUUGUUGAAUCAGGUCUAAGUCUCAUCUUCUGGCAAAUGGAAGUAAAAUGUCUAAAAGAGGUUUUCACUCAGUUUCCCGUUUCUAUGAUGUUUCUAACCGGCCGAAAAAUGGCUCCAAAGUUAAGGUGUCCGUCUUACCCCACUUUCCCCUAAUCUUGUUAUCAACUGAAUGUGCUUACAUAGACGAGGUAUGAUUCGACAUGUUCUUGCUCGUUCUUACCAUCUCUUGUGAAAAGAAAUAAAUGGUUGAUCGAAACUAUC